AUGAAUCACUUUCAUGGAAACAUUCCAGCAGAAGUGACAAUUGGUGAUGUUCUCCGUGAACUCAACUUGGAUCAUAAUGAAUUUGAAGGGCCUUUACCCCGUACCCUCAUCAACUGUACUCAUCUCAAAGUUCUAGAUGUUGGAAACAACAGGCUAAAUGACUCAUUCCCACACUGGCUAGAUGCUCUUCCACAUUUGGUAGUGCUUGUCUUAAGAUCAAAUCAUUUUCACGGAGUGAUACGCAAUCCUACCACUAGGCAUCCAUUCCCUAUGUUGCGGGUUUUUGAUCUCUCCAACAAUCACUUCACAGGACCUUUUCCUGGACAUUAUUUGCUGCAUUUUACUGGUAUUACAAGUAAUAUUACUUCUGAUAUACUAGUAAACUACUCCAACGGCAACUUAUCAUACAGUUAUGAGUGCUCUGCAUCACUAGUGGUGAAAGGAUUAGAAGCCUCUGUUAUAGGAAUUCUAAAGCUUUACACGAGCAUCGACUUAUCAAGUAACAUGUUCUAUGGAGAGAUUCCAAUUUCCAUAGGAAACCAACUUUAUACUCUUCGGCUUCUUAAUCUGUCUCACAACAGGUUGACCGGCCAUGUACCUCCAUCACUGGGAGAUCUAACUUUGCUUGAGGCCCUAGACAUCUCCAACAACCAACUCACAGGGGAGAUUCCGUGGCAACUCUCAAACUUUGGAUUCCUCGGUGUUUUAAACCUCUCUUAUAAUCACUUAUCUGGAGCAAUACCCCGCAGUAGACACCUUGAUACAUUUGGCAACAACUCCUAUUUGGGGAACACAGGGUUGUGUGGGUUUCCAUUGACACUAGAAUGUGAAGCUAAAAACCCACCUGUGCACUCAAAAGAAGAGGAGGAGGAGGAAGAGGAUUCAGGCUUUUUUAAUGGAUUUUCUUGGCAGAGCGUGACAAUAGGAUACUGUUGUUCAUUUCCAUUUGGAAUUUGUGUGGGAUAUUUUGCACUGCGAUAUGGAAAACUCAACUGGUUGUUAAGGAAACUCAUAUGGAAGAGAGGAAAGGGUUCCAAAAAUACUGUUUCAAGAAGACAUGCCAGGAGAAGAACACAUUAA